AUGGUUUUAGUUCAAGAUUUAUUGCACCCAACUGCAGCCUCUGAGGCAAGAAAGCACAAAUUAAAGACCUUGGUCCAAGGUCCAAGAUCUUACUUCCUGGACGUUAAAUGUCCAGGCUGUUUGAAUAUCACUACAGUUUUCUCACACGCCCAAACUGCGGUCACCUGUGAAUCCUGCUCAACAGUCUUGUGCACCCCAACUGGUGGUAAGGCAAAGCUUUCUGAAGGUACAUCUUUCAGAAGAAAGUAA